UAGAUUUAGUCAAAGUAAAAUAAAUAUUUGUAAUUUAUGAUUUGAUUCUGAGCUUUUGGUUAAGUAACAAUUUAAUUAACUUUGAUUUAGUUUUGUUCUAAAUGAAUUGGGCCGUUUCUUGGAACACUCGUAAACUAAGUUGGACUCGGCGGAUUUCCGAGGAAUAAAUUCCUUACUCCGAUAAGGAAUCUUCGAGUUUGCCUCCAUUUUUUUUUUUUCAGAUUUGCUCUUCCUCGCACCUGAAAACCUCAAUUUGUCACGCAAGUUUAUUUUGCUGAUUUCAUUGGGAAAAUCCGGAUUUUCCGAGAAAAUCUGUUCAUAGAGCUGCAAACAUGGCGAAUCUUAGCUCCGGAUUUGAUGAGAUGGGUUCCUUCUCCUUCACGGACUUUCCUGAAGAUGUUCAGUUAUGUAUUCUCUCCUUCCUCUCUCCCUCCGAUGUAGUCAAUUUCUCUUGUACAUCGAAGAGAGUCGUCUCGCUCUGUAGGAAUGAUCGGAAACUGUGGUUUACGAUGUGCGAUCGGAGAUGGGGAUCCAAAACUCAGAUCAAGAAUUGGGGAAAAGGAAACCUUACUUACAGGUUACUCUAUAGAACUCUUCUUCAAUGGGAGAAUUUAUUAGGUUUUUGGCGCCGGAGUGGCUCGUCUAGCGUAUCAUCGCCCCCGCUGGUGUUCUUCGAAUGGGGAUCGGAUUUUCUCGCAGGAUUUAGGGUUUCUCCAUCGAGUAACGGUACUUACGACGUGGUUAAGUCUCCAUUUCUAUGGCUGGGGCUCUCUUCAGAAGGUAAGGCCAUGGGUUUUAUUGACCCCAAGGGCUGUUCUGACUUCGCCGGGAAAUUUUCGGAUUUGGGGGAAUCCGAUUUCUCCGAUUGCGAUUUGGUUCCCAUCGAUUUGAGCUUCAUGGGGAAAAAUCAUUUUGUCAUCGAGGAAAAUCAGACGUUUGUUUAUCCGAAUUCCCCAGAACAAAGGAAAAAGGGAUUCCGCCGGAGUUCAAGUUUCGCCAAUUUGGCCGCCGCAACUGAUGUGAACGAAGUGGCAAGUGGCUCUCCAGGAAGCUUACCGGACCAAUUAAUGUCAGAAAUUUAUCAGCAUUUUGCGAAUAGAACCAGUCCUGGUGGGGAUAGAGCUUCAAGGAGGCAAAGGAGGAGGGAGAGGGAAAGGCUAGGAAAGAAGAAAUGGGAACCAGAGCAUUUCGUUAAAAUUGUCAAUUGCUCGCCCACACCAUUUCGGCCAUUACAGGGCUUGUGGAAGGGAAUCAGUGAUGAUAUGAGCAUGGAUUUCUAUCUUGUUGUAUAUGAUGACAUUGGUGGCAUUUCUUGUCGGAGGGUUAGGGACUCGUCCGAACGUUUCUCUAGUAAUGCUCCCGUGUUUUGGACAUCGAAUACUACGUUCUUGGAAACUCCAUUCUCCCUUGAGGAAGAACUUUUAUAUGACUGUCGAAUACAUGUUCGGCCUCUACCAGCCAAUGACAUUGAAGAGCUAGUGCCUUCAGUAGAAAAUAAAAAGAUUUCUCGCAUCCUUUGCGUGAACUCGAGUUAUGAUCUAGUCCUACCGGACCUGGCUGGAAGUAUUCCAAAUCCUCGUAAUGUCGAGGGAAGAAUUUGGCAAUACAAUAAUGGAACUUUUGGGUUCGGUUUCCUUAGGGAUAACUUUAUUAUAGACCUGAAGCACAUUGCUCGAAAUGGUUUAAUUCUGGAUACUGUGGAAUAAUGUGUUUAUUGAUUCUCCUUUUAGUUAACAUUGUAAUGAUUUGAUACAUUCUUUGGCCAAGAUUAUUCUUUAUACAAUGUACAGAUUGAUUAUGAAUUGUUGAUAUGUCAAAAGGUCACAAAUACAAUGUUCUUUUUCUUUUUCA